AUUUACUUUUUUAUUAUUAUUUUGAUAAUAAUACGUGUCAUCUUUCGGGAAAAGUUUUUUCGCUGAUGUGGACGCUCUAUGGAACCUCAAAAGAUUCCUUUUAUUAAGUAUAGAUUAUCUACAUUCGACUAUUUUAUCAAUAACACACAAAUUAGCUAAAAUAUUUGAUUAUUGAAAGUUGAUGAACGAUUUUGUAAGAAAAUGAAAACAAAAUAUUGAUAGCUAUAUAUUUUGGCUUUCAAAACAAACUUAAAAUAUUUUUCAUUAUUCUAAUUAAAUAUUAAAAUGCAAUAAAAGGUUAAAUGUAACUAAGGGCAUCAUAUUCUUAAACAUAAAUCCGCUCUUUCAUUCCUUUAAACAUGUGAUUUAAGAAUAUUCUCCUUGAGACACGUUAUCUGGAACUAAAAAAACUGAACCGAACCGAAUAAAAAAGAGGUUUGGUUUGGGUUUGGAUUUUACGAAGUAUUCGAACAGAUCAUAUAUCUCUAGAACCAAAGAACUAGAGCCGGAGUGGAUUCGAACCAAAAACCGAAUGGAUACCCAAAUUUCUACAAUAUAAUUGAUAUGCUUAUAGAUAUUAAUUAUAUUUAGUUUUAAAAUAAUUAAAUAAUUUUAAAAAACCGUUUAUAAACCAAAAUAACAAAAAAAAUUACAAGAAUAAUUUUUAUCUGGAAAAUUCAAAAUUAUCCAAACUUUUAUCUUAAAAUCCCCAAAAUCUGAUAUUUAAUUAAAAACGAAUUUCAGACUUUUAAACCGAAUUAACAAAAAAAAAGAAUCGAACUAGAACCGAAUGAGAUCCAAAAUUAUCUUAGAUAUUAGUAGGUCUCUAAUUUUGUUACCUGAAUCGAUCAGAGAAUAGAAGAAAAAAUAAAUUGAACCAAAUUUUCUAAAUACCCAAAUGGAUCCUAAACCUCUAGAAGCAAAGAACCAGUUUUUUUAAAACCGGACCAUGAACCGAAUACAUAGCCGGGUUGGAUCAAAUAAUUGGUUCGACCAUGAACUGUCACGUUGUCAGAUUGAAUUUUAGAGUUAUUAAACUGAUAAAAACUAUUUAAAUCUAUCAAAAUUCUUUAAACCAUCCAUAUAAACAUAAAACAAGUUUAUAUUUACAAUGUUUAUAUUUUAAAUUCAUUUAUAUUUUAAUUAUGUAUCAUAUUUACUAACAUAACUUUUAAAGUUAUACACUAAAAAUAUAUUAAUCCAGAUCAUUGAACCAUGUUUGAUCCGGUCGAACCAUAUUGAACCGUAACCCAAAAAUUAUCCGGUUUAGCUUCCGGUCCGGUUUUAAAAAUACUGCAAAGAACCGAAGAACUAAAGAACCGAACGGAACUGAAAACCAAAUGAGCAGGGGCUAACUCGAUAUAAUAUAUGAUAGGAAAAUAUUUCUUCAAUAAUGGGUUGGAACAGAACGUUCAUUGAGGCCCAUACAGUUCUGGCUAAGUCCCAAUAAUCGAAACGGUUUGCGAAGUAGGAGAGAAGCUGAGAGACGACAUCAAACAGCCAACCAAAAUCACUCAGCCCUUGAGAAAACUCUCUUUUGCUUUCUCUCAGUAUCAUGUAGGAUUGAUUUUCGACUUCUAUCUUUAUCUACCAAGAGAUCGGUUAUGAUAGUUACGUAGAUGGCGAAUCCUUGUCCAAAUUCAUGUUUCAAAGAGGGUAAAUUCACCGUGCCAGGGUUUCGAUUUCACCCGACAGACGAGGAGCUUGUCAUGUAUUAUCUCAAGAGGAAGAUGUAUAGAAAGAGGCUUACAGUCAAUGCCAUCGGCGUCGUUGAUGUUUACAAGAUUGAACCCGAUGACUUGCCUGGUGAGUCGGUGUUGAAGACAGGAGAUCGACAGUGGUUCUACUUUACUCCAAGGAGCAGAAAGUAUCCAAACGCAGCUAGGUCGGGUAGAGGCACUGCAACUGGGUAUUGGAAGGCUACAGGGAAGGAUCCAGUCAUUGUCUACAACUCCAGGUCGGUAGGACUCAAAAAGACUCUUGUUUUCUAUAGAGGUCGGGCACCUACUGGUGAGCGUACUGACUGGGUGAUGCAUGAGUACACUAUGAAUGAAGAAGAACUCCACCCAUGUAAGAACGCCAAGGAUUACUAUGCUCUGUAUAAGCUGUUCAAGAAAAGUGGGUCUGGUCCCAAGAAUGGUGAGGAUUAUGGUGCUCCUUUCCAAGAAAAAGAAUGGGUUGAUGAUGAUAGUGAUAGUGAUAGUGAAGAUGGAGAUGAUAUUGCUCUGCCAGAGGAACCUCUGGCUCUGGUUCGUCAUGAGGAUACUCGUUUUGUCGAUAAUGCUAGACUUUUCGAGCCCGUAAAUGUUCAGUUAGAUGAUUUUGAGGAGAUCCCUCAGAUUUGUAUUAAUGGCCUUGCUUCUAGUGUUCCCCAGGUUAACAGGGAAGAAGAGAUACAGAGCACGUUGGUAAAUAAUUCUUCUGGAGAGUUUCUUAAGCCCCAGCAGACGGGAAGGUUCUUGCCAAACGGCGAGCCAUACAUUAGGCCCUCGAGCUCUGGCGUGGAGCCUUUUGUGUUUGAGAAGGAGGAUUACAUUGAAAUGGAUGAUCUUCUGGCCUCUGAACUCGCAGUUGAGAGGCCUGCACAGUUCUUGAACCCUGGGGAAUUUGGAGACUUUAAUGAGUUUGACCAAUUGUUCCAUGACGUUUCCAUGUCUUUGGAUAUGGAACCUAUUGCUCAGGGAGCUUCUGUACAUCCGUCUUCUCCCAGUAAAUUUGCCGACAACAAAUCCAACGAGAAACAGCAGUUCCAGGACCAGAUCCCUGAGAACAAGGUGAAUAACAACAAUCUCGAUGAUUUUACUGACAAUAUGUGGUUUCAAGAUGAUGAUGAUCAGGCUGUUCUCUUUGAUCAACCACAAUCUAUUACUUCCGGAGCAUUCGCGCCUCUACCCUCAUCAGGUGUGAUGCCCGGUUCCACAAAUCUUACUGUAAGUGCCCAAGACCAGGAAGGCGAGAAUGGUGGUGGAACAAGCCCGUUCACAUCGGCUCUGUGGGCAUUCAUGGAUUCAAUACCUUCUACGCCAGCCUCUGCGUGUGAGGGUCCUAUUAACCGGACCUUUGUGCGUAUGUCUAGCUUUAGCCGUAUCAGGUACAGUAAAAAGGUUAAUGGAACGCCACCAGUGACUAGUACCGUAGUAGCAAAGAAGCGUAGCAGAAACAGAGGGUUUCUUGUCUUAUCAAUUGUGGGUGCCUUGUGUGCCAUCUUCUGGGUGUUCAUAGCCACGGUUCAAGCUUCCGGGAGACCAGUCUUGUCGUGAAAGGUGGUUUUGUUGAACCAGAUUUAUCUUAGUUACAUGCAAGUUAGAAAAAACCAUGAUUCAUGUUAGUAAUAAUGGAGUAAUUAUUAAGCAAUUCUAAUACAUGAGUCUUUGAAUAUGUACGUAGUUUGAAAGGGUAAAGAAUGUUAAAUUGCUGAUAAAAGAGUUCCGUUUCUUCUUGGCUGUUCAA